GGCCACACUACAAUUUGAGCCAUACACUGUUAACCGCAGCUGAGACAAAAAAAGCUAAUUCAAGGUGAAGUAAUUGGCUUCAAAAUAACAGCUACUUGACUUUUUUGAGGGGGAGCGCCCUGAGUCACUGCACACAAAAGAGCACAAAAAUUACGGAAACACAGACUUCCGGCGAUGAGUGCCAAGAACAGAAGACCCGGGACUGGCGGCAGCCAGACACCCAAUGAGUGCGUCCAAGUGGUGGUCAGAUGCCGACCCAUGAGCAAUCGGGAACGCUCGGAAGGAUCCCCAGAGGUGGUUAAUGUCUAUCCCAAUCGAGGAGUUGUGGAGCUCCAGAAUGUGGUGGACGCCAACAAGGAGCAGCGCAAGGUCUUUACCUACGAUGCCGCCUACGAUGCGAGUGCCUCGCAAACGACACUCUACCACGAAGUGGUCUUUAACCUGGUCAGUUCCGUGCUGGAGGGAUUCAAUGGGUGCAUCUUCGCCUACGGACAAACGGGCACCGGAAAAACCUUUACCAUGGAGGGUGUGCGCGGAAAUGACGAACUAAUGGGCAUAAUACCGCGCACCUUCGAACAAAUCUGGCUGCACAUCAAUCGCACCGAGAAUUUCCAGUUCUUGGUGGAUGUAUCCUAUUUGGAAAUCUACAUGGAGGAACUACGUGAUCUCCUGAAGCCGAACUCCAAGCAUUUGGAGGUAAGGGAGCGGGGAUCUGGCGUUUAUGUGCCCAAUCUGCAUGCCAUUAACUGCAAAAGUGUGGAGGACAUGGUCAAAGUGAUGCAGGUGGGCAACAAGAAUCGCACCGUGGGAUUUACCAAUAUGAAUGAGCAUAGUUCUAGAUCUCAUGCCAUUUUUAUGAUCAAAAUCGAAAUGUGCGACACGGAGACAAACACCAUCAAGGUGGGCAAGCUAAAUCUCAUCGAUCUGGCCGGCAGCGAGAGACAGUCGAAAACGGGAGCCUCAGCGGAGCGCCUAAAAGAAGCCAGCAAGAUCAACCUGGCGCUCUCCUCCUUGGGAAAUGUGAUCUCCGCAUUGGCGGAGAGUUCCCCUCACGUUCCUUAUCGUGACUCCAAGCUGACGCGGCUACUACAGGAUUCACUGGGUGGCAACUCGAAGACCAUCAUGAUAGCCAACAUUGGACCCUCUAAUUACAAUUACAAUGAGACGCUGACCACCUUGCGUUAUGCCUCGCGAGCCAAGUCCAUCCAGAAUCAGCCGAUCAAGAACGAGGAUCCGCAGGACGCCAAGUUGAAGGAGUACCAAGCGGAAAUCGAACGGCUCAAGAGGCUGAUUGCACCGCAACAGCAACAGCGAAGCGAAAAGCAGGUCACUGCGAAGAAGCAACGGGUCAAGAAGCCCAAAAAGGAGCCCGUAUCCAAGGAAAUGUCCGACUCUCUGCAGGUGUCUACCAUUGAACAGCCGGCGGAAGAGGAGAGCGAUCCGGAGGGGGCAGAAUCCGAGUCGGAUAAGGAAAACGAGGCCGAGGUAGCCAAGUCCAACGAGGAACUGGAGCGCGAGCGUGUUGAGAACUCCAAACUGGCAGCCAAGUUGGCUGAGCUGGAAGGUCAACUGGUGCGCGGCGGCAAAAACCUGCUGGACACUUAUAGCGAGCGACAGAUUGAGCUGGAGAAGAAGCUGGUGGAAAUCGCCGAGCGCAAGAAGCGCGAAAUCGAAAUCCAGCAGCAGCUGGAGCUGCAAGAGGAGACAACGCUAGAGAUACGCGAGCGAAAUGUUUCCCUGGAACAGGAGGUGGAGCUAAAGAAGCGCAAGCUAUCCAAAUGCUAUGCCAAGUACUUGGCCCUGCAGCAGGAGCUCAACGACUGCAAGUCUGAUCACAACCAGGAUCUCAGAGAACUCGAAAUGGCCCAGAAUGAACUGGUCAAGGAGUUGAAGCGUCAGCUCUUGAUAAUCGAUAACUUUGUGCCCAUCGAGGUUAAGCAACGUUUGUACACGCAAGCAAAAUACGACGAGGAGCAGGAGGAAUGGAAGUUCUCCUCGAUGCCGUUGCCCACGCCUCCCGGUGGCGAUGGCAAGUUCAGCAGCAAGCGUCCCGUUUCGCAUCCUCAGCGCAGGAGGCCCACCUCCGAGUACGCCCUGCAGGAGGCCAAGUCGAAUGCACCGAGCUCCCUGCGCUUCAAGAGCGAGAACAUCGUGAACUACGAGCUGGAGAUGCCCUGUCGCACCACCCAGGAGUACCGUACACCCAAAGUGUCUGCCUCGCUGCAAGCGGUGCUCGCCCAGGCCAUGCAAACGGGCGGCGAUGAUAUCGACAUUGUGGAUUCGCACACGAAUUCACUGCGCAGCCGGCUGGAGAACAUCAUCAAUGCGAAUGCCAAUGGAGGAGCGGGUCCUGGCGCUGGCUCAGCCGUGGGCAGUGCCAUUCCCAAUGUCCGGAACAUUAAGUCGAGUCGCGGAGUCCCAAGUGCCGCCUCUAAUCUCGACUCGAACCGCCGUCCGCCCACAGGUCGUCUGCCGGCCAAAAAGCCAGCUUCAGCGUAUCCCAAAGCCCGCGGCCUGGUCAACAAAUAAAAACACAAUCGAAACGACUCGAAUUGCAGCUAACCAAUAUCAUGCAAACACAACACUAACCAAAGUAUUUCAUAGUCAUCGCAAUAUGUACACCUCGGUACUCCUAGCCCAAUUUACCCACAUUUCGCGCUUUGUAAAAGUUUCCUUUUGGCUUGUGCCAACUCAAAGGACUGGCAUUUGAACUACUGAGACUUUUUCAGAUCUGAAUCAUCAAUUCCAUUUUAGAGAAUGCCAUAUGUUUUAAGAGAUUCGGCCAGCCGCCCCUUACUUUCAUUAAUUGUUUUUAUGUUUAUUUGUUACUCGACUCGAAUUAUUUGUUAUUGUUUUUUAUUAUACAUACAUAUACGUACUUUUGUGCUCGGUUAAGUAGGCGCUUGCAUUUACUGACUUGGCCAGUCUUUCUUUCAUCGUGCAAUCUAAGCUUAAGUUAAACGCAACUGCAACAGUCUAUUGUUUACUUAGUAAAUGAUCUUUAGUUAAUAUUACGAACCAAAUAAAGCAACACCUUAAACACAG